AUGGCGGUGCGCUGGCUCUGCGCGAUGCUGCUGGUGCUGCCCGGCGCUUGGGGUGACUGCGAGCAGCCGCCGAGGUUUGUCUUCGCGGAGCCCCCCCCGCCCCUGCAGGAGUCCUACGCCGUGGGGACCGCGCUGAGAUACACGUGCCGCCCGGGGUACAAGGUGGCCGGGGGCAAGUCCCUGCUGGUCACCUGCCUCCCCAACUCCACCUGGAUGGCGACCCCCGACUUCUGCAUCGGGAAGUCUUGCAGUCCACCGGAUAUCAUGAAUGGCAGGUUUAACUACACGACCAACCUCCAGUUUGGGGCGACAAUAACCUACAGGUGUAACGCCGGGUACCGCUUAGUUGGGAAGCCAUCUGCGCAAUGUGUACUUAAAGGCAAUGAAGUUUCUUGGGAUCAUGUUCCGUACUGUGCCAGUAUUUCCUGUUUACCACCUCCUGUGAUCGAGAAUGGGCAGCUCAUCAAUGAGGACAGAGACUUCACCUUUGGCCUGGUUGUAACCUACAGGUGUAACAACAACAGUUUUUCUCUUAUUGGAGAUGCCACGAUUCAGUGUACGGCGAAUGAUGACCUCCAGGGAAUAUGGAGCGGUCCAGCCCCUGAAUGCAAAGUGGUCGCAUGUAAAAAUCCAGAAGUGGAAAACGGGAGAAGGUUAUCUGGCUUUGGCACUGCACACACAUAUAAAAAUACAGUGACCUUUGAGUGUAAUCCUGGUUAUUUAUUGAAUGGUAGUAGUGUAGUUACUUGUGAAGCAGACAGUACCUGGAAGCCACCUCUGCCAACAUGUGACCCAAUCCACUGUGGUCCUGCUCCACACUUCCUUUUCGCUGAGUUAACAAUGGCUGUGGGUGACAGGUCCCCUGUUGGAACCAAGCUGAGGUAUCGGUGUAAACCGGGUUAUACUGCAGCAAGUGGAAAGUCCUCUCUUGUCACUUGUCUGAGUGAUACAACUUGGUCUGCAGACCCAGACUUCUGUAUACGACAACAAUGUACUCCUCCCACGAUAGAGAACGGGGAUGUGACUGGAAAUGGUUUCCUUUUUGAGUCAGUUGUGACAUUCACCUGUCAUCCUGGGUAUGAAUUAAAGGGGUCUUUGUCUGCCAAAUGUGUGGUAUCAGGAAAUGGAGUUGAUUGGAACACAACAUCUCCAUACUGUGAAAGUCAGCUCCCACGCAUUCUCUGCAAAGACCCCCCCACGAUUGACAAUGGGAUGCACAAUGGCACAAAGGGCACAGAAUUUGUCUACGGCUCCGUUGUAGUUUAUAAAUGCAAGGAUGGCUUCACCCUUGCUGGAGCAGCCUCUAUUCACUGCAAAGCAGAUCAUCAACACCAUGGAGUCUGGAGCGAGCCUACUCCUGAAUGCAAAGGUGAUGUUCCACCUGUGGAACAGUUCCCUCACGUUUUCUGUGGAAAGCCACCUACGAUUGACAAUGGGAAGCACAACGGCACAAAGGACGUGGACUUUGUCCGCGGCUCCACUGUAGCUUAUAAAUGCAAUGAUGGCUACACCCUUGCUGGAGCGGCCUUGCUUCAGUGUAUUGCAGGAGAUCAAUACCAGGGAGUCUGGAGCAAGCCUGCUCCUGAAUGCAGAGGUGGAGCGAACAUGAUCAUUGUUGGAAUCUUCCCCCUCCUCCUGGCAAUUCUGAUUAUGAACGUCUAGAUUAGGGAAGAGGCACGGUGGGAAGGCACCUAUAGACGUGUCGGACUUGAUCACGCUGAUCCCAGUGCUUUGCUUUUCCUUCCUGUGAAAUUGGCCUUGAAGCAGCAACCAACAGACCUGGGGUGACAAAGCCCAGACGCUCUCUGCCACUGCCCGGCAAGCACUCGCACUUUUGGCUGCAGCUGCGCCUCGUGUUGGACCCAGCAGCUCGUGCGGGGGACUGGGAUGGGAUGGGUGGGGUGGGAGGCUCUCUGCCGCCCAGCUGAGAAUGCUCCGCGGAAAUCAAGUGCAGUUAUCCCUGUGUUAAGUCGCAGUGAUGCCAAAGACCUUUACGCUGCAAUAGAGUAGGCUCAAGAAAAUCCUGCGCUUUGGGUAACUCCGCAUGUUCAGUGUCUCAGCCCCACUGAGGGCAUGUUGUGCCUGGUCCUGACCAGGAUUUAGGGGUUUCUUAAGCAUCCUGAGGUGGAAAGCGCUGCCACUGCCGAGAGGAUUAACGGUGAAUGUCUUCAUGUGAGUGAUACAUACUUAAAAAAAUUGUUUGAUACAAAUAGGAUGCAUAAGGUGGGUAUUAUCUGUGAGUACUGAAAGCAUUGAAAAUGUUCAUAUAAAAGCGCAGCUGUAGCCAUUACUUCAAGGCAAGUCUGAAUCAUUCUGCAAAUAGCAAUCCUUACAGAUCAGUAAUUUUACCAGACAAAAAAAUUUAAAUGCCUUAUUACAAAGAACUACUAUUCUGACUCUUCCCGUAUGCACUAAAAUUAGUUUUAAACUUCA